GGUCUUUCUCCUCUGGUUCCUCCGUUUGCUAAUGCCUCAGUAUCUCUUCUCUCUUUGUUUGUUACUAUUAUGCAUAACGUAUUGCGUUGCUGCGGAUUACUACAAAAUACUCGGAGUCCACCGGGAAGCUUCCGACGCGGAUAUCAGGAAGGCUUACAAGAAACUCAGCAAAAAGUACCAUCCGGACAAGAACAAAGAUGAAGAUGCUAAGGAGAAAUUCGUGGAAAUUUCUUAUGCCUAUGAAGUUUUGUCGGAUGAAACAAAACGCCAAAUAUACGACCGACAUGGAGAGGAAGGAUUAAAGGCACACGAAGGCGGCCAGCACCACGCAAACCCCUUCGACAUAUUCGCGAAUUUCUUCGGCGGUCACCCACACCAUGACCAAGUCCGCAAGGGACCGACGUCCUUGACGGAGUUCGAAGUAUCACUGGCCGACAUGUACACGGGUGCAAGCAUAGACUUCAUGAUCAAGAAGAAAAUCCUCUGCGACCACUGUCGCGGCUCAGGCGCCGCCUCCGACUCCGACAUCCACACCUGUCCCUCCUGCGGCGGUUCCGGCAUCAAAAUAGUCCGACAACAAAUUUGGCCAGGUAUGUUCGCGCAAUCUCAAGCAUCUUGUACAGAAUGUUCUGGCCGAGGCCGAAUCAUCGCUCGCAAAUGUCCACACUGCGGGGGGUCGAAGAUCGUUGACCAUACGCAACAUUAUACACUCGAAAUUGCUAAGGGGAUGCCGGAAGGGUAUGAAGUAGUGUUUGAGGGAGAGGGAGAUGAGAAUCCGGAUUGGGAGCCUGGGGAUGUGGUGUUGAGGGUGAGGAGUAAGAGGGAGAAGGGAGGGUGGAGAAGAAAGGAGAGUAGUUUGUAUUGGAGUCAGGUUAUGGGUGUUGAUGAGGCCCUACUCGGCUUCGAACGUAACCUAACCCACCUAGACGGACACAUCGUCACUCUCAAACGACAAGGCGUAACCCAACCAGGUUUCGUACAAACCAUCAAAGGAGAGGGUAUGCCAGUGUUCCAGGAGAAUAAAUUUGGCGACCUCUUUGUGGAGUAUACGGUUGUCUUGCCUACUGAGAUUUCGGCGGACUUGCGAAAAAAAUUGACAGAAGCGUUCCACCCACAUGGACGUGGAAAGGAUGAGUUAUAGCAUUCUCAACACUAGUAAUGGUGUCGAAGUGUUGAUAGAGCGUAUGGACUUGCAUGCGUUUUGUUUAGAGUGUACAGACUAUAGUGGAAUAAUAGACUUCCUUUCAGCUUUUUCAUUCGUCAACUCCCUGGUUUCGCGAUUUAUUUAUUUAUUUUUAGACUACAGAUUCGCCACAACCACCAGUUCGUGAUAGGCGGUACGAUGCCGGGUCAAGGUAUGAAUU